AUGGAGCACAAUAAUCACCAUUGUUCAUCUUCUCAUCCUCGGAGUCUCUUUCUAUUUGUCUUCCUCCUCACUUGCCUCUCUGCUUUUGCUUCCACUUUCAUUUCAGAUGAUAUAUUUGGAGAUCCAGCUUCAAUCAGUCGGAACCUCCUUCAGACCAAGAAAUGUGCUUUUUUCCCUCUUUUAAUGAAUGCAUCUGGGGAUCGGUUUUCAAAGAACACAAUUCAUGAACUUGCCCCCGUAGACUUCGAGUUCAAAAACUACACAAUCAUCACUAGCCAGUGCAAAGGACCAAAGUACCCACCCAAUAUCUGGUGUGCAGCUUUCAAAGAAUUCGCUUGCCCAUAUGUGGAUGAAUUAAAUGAUUUAACCAAUGAUUGUGCCUCUACCAUCUUCAGCUACAUCAACCUUCACGGUAAAUACCCAGCCAGCCUUUUUUCUAUAGAGUGCCAUGAAGGGAAGAGAGGGCUUGAAUGCCCUCCAACUUCAUCAACAGAAUCAGCCAAUGUUUCCAGUGGGAGUCGGAUCAUCUGUAAUCCAUCUCCUCUAUUGGCACUUACAACAACAGGCUUCCUAGUACUGUUAUUGUGGUUUUUCUGA